CCCCUGGCAGUAUAGCAGCUAAUACACCUCCUUGCCACGAACGUCACGGCAAGUGGAUAUGACAAGCCCCAUAAUUUGUGCCUUGUUAGUAAGUUAGACGGGGAAGGACUGUACUGAUCGGGUGUAAUUAAUGGGAAAUGAAUAAUUACCAAACGACCCCUGAAUGCGUAAAUUAAGAAGAGGACCUCAUAAUAAGAUGUGAAAAGAGACAAAAUGUAAAUAUAUAUGUAUCCUGGACUUAUCAAAAUACUUGGAAGCAAAUAAAAAAAUAUAUUUAUUAUUCUAAUCAUGAUUAGGACCUUAACAUUUUCACUCUCAUUCAUGACCUCAUCCAUACAAGUGCUAUUCUAUCUCAUUCGUUCUUGGAUAUUACGUUGUUGAUUAUGAUGAUGCGAUGGAAGAUUCCGCAACCAUCUUUUACCAUUAAGCCCUCCUCCUUCACUUUCUUCCCUUACUACCCAGUGAUAUCCACACCAAGAUAUUAUUAGAAUGUUGAUGAGCUCUGUCUUCGACUCCAUUGAACCCCUUCAUCUCAAAGUCUCUUCUUUUCUACCAAUUUCACUUUCCACCAAACACCCUAAUCUUCACCCUCUCACUCUAUCUUUCAGAACCAAUUCCCAAAUUGCCCCUUGUAAACCCAUUAAAUGGCACAUCAGUGCUUGUGCAGCUGGUCAAGAAAUCGACAUGGAAAGAACCAAAGAAGGAUUAUACACAGCUAAGCCUAAGAAAGUUGUAAUCUUGUGGGACUUAGACAAUAAACCACCACGUGGGCCACCUUACGAGGCAGCCAUGUCGCUGAAAAAGGUAGCACAAUGUUUUGGUGAAGUUGUGGAUAUGUCUGCCUAUGCCAAUCGCCAUGCUUUCAUCCAUCUUCCUCGGUGGGUUGUUGAACAGAGGCGUGAAAGACGACAUCUUGAUAUUCUUGAACGUAAAGGGGUUGUUACCCCGUCGGAACCUUAUGUGUGUUCUGUCUGUGGACGAAAAUGUAAGACCCAUUUAGAUUUAAAGAAGCAUUUUAAGCAGUUACAUGAAAGGGAAAGGGAAAAAAAGCUCAGUCGUAUGAGGUCACUAAAAGGGAAGAAAAGACAGAGAUUUAAAGAGAGGUUUGUUGAUGGUAAUUAUAAGUAUAGAGAGGCUGCUAAGAGUUUGAUAACACCCAAAGUGGGUUAUGGUUUAGCUUCUGAGUUGAGGAGAGCUGGGGUUUAUGUAAAGACUGUAGCAGAUAAGCCACAGGCAGCAGAUUGGGCAUUGAAAAAGCAAAUUAAACAUUCAAUGAGUAGAGGAAUUGAUUGGUUGUUUUUGAUCUCUGAUGAUUCUGAUUUUUGUGCUAUGUUGAGGAGAGCAAAGGAGGCAAAUUUGGGAACAGUAGUAGUGGGGGAUUGGGACGGGGCACUGGGGAGGCAUGCUGAUUUAUGGGUUCCAUGGAAUGGGGUAGAAAAUGGGGAGAUAACGGAGAAGGAUUUAGUGUUAAAGACUGAGAGGAGGAAGGAGUCUUGGGAUAGAAGUAAUGCACGGUUUUCUGUAAGUGAGUUCAAUGGUAGGGUAAGAGAGGAGGAUACUAGUUUAGGAAGUUUGAUGGAUGACAUUGUUGAGGAUUUGAAGUCUUCUGGCACAAGGAUUUCAGCUUUCUCUGAGGGGGAGGAGGAUGAAGAAUUUGAAGAACUGGACGAGGAGGACUGGCUUCGAGCAAGAUUGGAUCAACCAGGCGAUGACGAAUAUAAUACAGAGGACUCCAUAGUCAGCGACGAAGAAGAGGGGGGCUACUUAUUGGACAGUGAGGACGAAGAUACAGGCGAGAUGGUAUAAAGUGCUGAUGAAAGCGAUAAGAGCAACAACGGUGUGGCAUUGGUUUAUCAGAAGAUUAAUACGGAUUGAUUGAGAUAAGGUCAUAUGCUCUGUGAAAAUGAGGUUUAAUGUAAGGUGGCUAAAGCAAUUUGACUUAUUGGCCGAGUUUGUGUAUGUCAGUUCGACUAUCUUAAGAGUAUGUGACGUAACACAGAUGUAAUCUAAUUUUUGGUUAUGAAAGUAUUGCUUUGAAAGUUUACAGUGGUUGUAUUCCUUUCACAAAAUUUCUACAAGGUCAUAAUGUGCUUCUCAACUUCAGGGAACAUUGUCACAAAUUUGAAUAUAAUACGAGGCUAAUUCCA